ACCAACAAAAGGAACUCGCAAGUUCUCCUCCUCUCACCUCAUCUAAAACACAUUUCAUUGAUAACAAUGGCCGACACUGAGCCCAAGCCCGCUGACACCGGCGCCGCCGCCGAGGACUCGCACGACCCCCAGUUCGAGCCCGUCGUCCGCCUCACUGAGAAGAUUGAGGCUAAGACCAACGAGGAGGACGAGGACGUCCUCUUCAAGAUGCGCGCCAAGCUCUUCCGCUUCGCCAAGGCCGACCUCGAGUGGAAGGAGCGCGGUACCGGUGACGUCCGUCUUCUCGCCCGCAAGGACACCAAGAAGGUCCGCCUCGUCAUGCGCCGGGAUAAGACGCUCAAGGUGUGCGCCAACCACAUUGUCUCGUCCGACAUGACCCUCUCGCCCAACGUCGGCUCGGACCGCUCAUGGGUCUGGAACGUCGCUGCCGACUACGCCGAGGGCGAGCCGUCCGCCGAGACCCUUGCUAUCCGUUUCGCCAACUCUGAGAACGCCAACCUCUUCAAGAAGGCCUUCGAGGACGCCCAGGCCUCCAACGCUGGCCAGAAGCCCGUCGCUGCUCCCAUUGCCGAGGAGAAGAAGGAGGAGGAGCCCAGGGCCGAGGCCGCUGCCCCUGCCGCUGCUGCUGAGGAGAAGAAGGAGGAGGCCAAGGAGGAGGCCAAGGCCGCCGAGCCCGUCGCCGCCGCUGAGCCCGCCGCUGCCGCUGAGGAGAAGAAGGCCGAGUAA